CUCGCGGCCUGGUGGGCCGUCCGGCCCGGAGCUGGGCGGGCCCAGGCGGGGCCACUCAGCUUCCGCAGCUGUCCGACGCGGCCCGCCUUCUUCUCAAGGAACUGGAGGCCGAGGCGGACGGCGGAGACUCUGAGGCUGGAAGUGAUGCCACUGAGAAGAAAUGAGAAAUACAAACUUCCUGUUCCACUUCCAGAAGGGAAGGUUCUAGAUGAUUCUGAAGGAAAACGAUGGGUACUGGGCAAAAUGAUUGGCUCUGGAGGAUUUGGAUUGAUAUAUUUAGCUUUCUCCACAAAUAAACAAGACAGAGAUGCAAGACAUGUAAUAAAAGUGGAAUAUCAAGAAAAUGGACCAUUAUUUUCAGAACUUAAAUUUUAUCAGAGAGCUGCAAAAAAAGACUGUAUCAAAAAGUGGAUAGAACUCAAAAAACUUGAUUAUUUAGGAAUUCCUCUGUUUUAUGGAUCUGGUAUGACUGAAUUCAAGGGAAGAAGGUACAGGUUUAUGGUAAUGGAAAGAUUAGGAAUAGAUUUACAGAAGAUCUCAGACCAGCAUGGAACUUUUAAAAAGUCAACUGUCCUGCAACUAGGUCUCCGAAUGCUGGAUGUACUAGAAUAUAUGCAUGAAAAUGAAUAUGUUCAUGGUGAUAUAAAAGCAGCAAAUCUACUUUUAGGUUAUAAAAAUCCAGAUCAGGUUUAUCUUGCAGAUUAUGGACUUUCCUACAGAUAUUGUCCCAAUGGGAACCACAAACAGUAUCAGGAAAAUCCUAGAAAAGGCCAUAAUGGGACAAUAGAGUUUACUAGCUUGGAUGCCCACAAGGGAGUAGCCCUGUCCAGAAGAAGUGACUUUGAAAUCCUUGGUUACUGCAUGUUGCGGUGGUUAUAUGGGAAACUUCCUUGGGAACAGAACCUGAAGGACCCUGUGGCUGUCCAGACUGCUAAAACAAACCUGUUGGAUGAGCUUCCUGAGUCAGUGCUUAAGUGGGCUCCGUCUGGAAGCAGUUGCUGUGAAAUAGCCCAGUUUUUGUCAUGUGUUCAUAGUUUAGCUUAUGAUGAAAAGCCAAACUAUGAAAGGCUGAAGAAAAUUCUAAACCCAAGUGGAAUACCUUUAGGACCACUGGAAUUUUCCAUUAAUGGACAGAGUGUAAAUGUACAUACUCCAACCAAUCAAAAAGUUGAUUCAAGAAAGGCUGCAGCAAGACAAGUUGAUCAGAUACAAAAUAAGUUAAAAGGAGAAGUCCACACUGAGAGAAGUGCUGAGUCCUUUGCAACCUGGAGAAAAGGACAAAAAGAAGACAAGCUGAUUGGGUUGAUGAACAAUGAAUUAGCUCAGGAAAACACAAGACGACGACAAAAAUACCAUGAGUCUUCAGAACUUCUGAAUGAAGUAAACAGUUUCCCAGGAAAAUCUAGCUAUACAUACCUCCAAAAUUCAUUUCAUGAACCCUAUCAAGAUUUUACACAUACUAUCAACAAGUCACAGUCCCCACUUUGGCAAAUGAACACUUCCACAAUUGGUAUGGAAGUCACAGACUUACAAAGUUCUGCCAGAUUUGGGCCUACAAUUUCCCAGCAUACUCUUAGUGAAGAGACAAAGGCAGAUGUAAAUUGUUAUGGCCUCAUCAUAGUUUUGCUUUUGAUACUGAUAUGUCUUUCUUUAUAUUUUCUUUGAAAAUAUCAAAUAAAAUCCUUUUGAUAAUUCUUAAA